AUGUCUUCCGACUCGUCAAUAAAAUCUUCCAAGAAGAAGGGCGGCAGCAAAAAGGGCAGCGCCGUAGAUGGAACGAGCCUGAUACGCGAAGAAGCAUCAGCUAUGGACUGUCAAAACAUUUUGACUGGUUUUUAUGGGGCUCGUGGGGAACGCAUCAAGCAUACAGUGGCAAGGGGAGCGCUUAACAUGCCAAAAGAGUCUAUAGAUAUUAUUGACAAGGCGUCUGAGGACAUGGCGCCAUCGUCGUCGAAUUACAAGCUUCCUGGACUGGAUUCCGUUUCAAGGUCAAUGGUGGAUGCCAAACUUCGUCAAGUGGUCAUCACCGAGCUGACGCCAGAAAGAGUGACUGUAGCACGACAGUUGCCGCAGCCUCCACAAGUUCCCGGUCAAAUGAUGAUGCAACAACAGCAACCGCAAGUAACGCAUGUCAAGGUGAUGCGAACCCGAGUCCAAAACCGAGUAUUGACUCGAACGGUGAUGCAACCAACUGCUUCAGGACAACCAGUGGAAGGAGAGCGAAUUCGUGGUGGCGGUGACAACAACCCUCCCACUAACUUGCCACCUGUUAGUGGACAAGUGCCUCACAAUCCUCAGAUACAAGCGCCACCAGCAGCUGGUGCCGCGCCCAUGUCCACACCGACUCAUGCCCCUUCGCAGCAACAACCUGGUCCUGCCAUGCCACAAGCGCAAACACCACAGGUACAGCAAACCCGUCCCGCAAUGCCCGGACAACAGCCGGCUACACAACCCCAGACGCAACCACCGCAAGCUACACCACAGCCACAAACCGCACAUCGUCCGGCACCAAGCAUGUCAGCACCAGUGGCACCUGCUGGAUCCAAACCCAUGGUACCUGGUGGAGUAGCUCCCCAAGCAAGACCUGCCCAUCCACCGGGGCAAGUUUCGUCAACAGCGCCGCCGCCCCAAUCAAGACCUGUCCACCCACCAGGUCAGGUGCCGUCAACAGCACCGACGUCCCAAGUGAGAUCUACCCACCCAACAGGCCAGGUUCCAUCCACAACACCAAGCGCCACUGUUCCUCCAAAGACUGUGAGCUCGGCACCGCAGACCAAGUUAAUUCCCACCAAGACGCUGAACAACAAGCCCCGACCUCAAUGGAACCAACACAAGCCAGGGCCAAACGACGAAACGGUUACUCCUGGCGACCAAUUGUCACCCAAUCCUGAUUGGUACAAGUCCAACAAAAUUGCUGACUUGGAACGCACCAUGUUGCCCGAAUGGUUUGAUGCCAGCGCUCCACAUCGAACUCCCGAAAAGUAUAUCAAGACAAGGGAACGCGUCAUUGCCAUUUCCAAGACAGUUUUGAAUCGGAACGUGACCAACUCCAUGAUUCGGAGGUCCAUUGAGGGAGAUGCUGGAAGUCUGCAUCGCCUUCGUACAUUUUUGAUCAAUUGGGGUUUCAUCAAUGAAGAUAGUAUCAACGACUCGGCUCCCACUCCAGCAAUUCUACGACAGACCAAGAGGCCGCCGCGCAAGUUUGACGAAAGUCUCAGUGAUAAUCUAAUCACUGCGAUUGUCCAAGAAUCCAAGAAGCGCAAGCUGGAACAUGGCGAUACCGAUGAUAGUGCAAUUGACUGGGAUGAAGUGGCAAAGACUAUGGGACAAGGUGUGACGGGAGAAGACUGCGAACGAAACUUUUUGUCGCUGGGAAUCAAGACCGAAGAACCUCCAGCUAGUCCUCCCAGCAGCGAUGACAUGGCGGUGGAUGGUGAACCUCCAUCUUCGCCAUCGAAACCAGCAACAACUCCCAAGGCUGACGCGUCCAAAGAGAGUCUUCGGCAAGAGUUCAUCAAGGACUUAAUCGACAGUUCCAAUCCAGCCAUCGUCAAGAAGGUUACGAAUGCUGCCCUAAAAGCUUCAGAAGAGAAUGUCAAGGAAGCGCAAGGAGCUGCCGUGGUAGGUCUCAUUGCUUCGAGAGCCUUGGAGCAAGCAAGGGCGCAAGAAGACAACCUAUCUUCCAUCUUGUCGCAACUAGUUAACAAGAGAAUGGAGAAAUUGGAAAAUCGCAUGGCUAUGAUUGACGAUGUUGAAGGAAUCCUGGAAGCCGAAAAGGUGGCAUUGGAACUGGAGCGCCGAGAUUUGUACACGGCAAGAUGUCGGUAUUGGUAUGGUGAUGCCUAA